UGGAGUGUGGAGAGGCGAUGGGCACAGGGGCUGCUUUGGGCCAGGGCCCCUCAGCCUCCGCAGCCCUCACUGACAACCCACAGGCCCGGUUGACCGUGGUGGUGGAAGUAGAGCGGACAAGAUCUGGCCCCAAGGAGACCUGCUGCCCUACGCUCCUUCUGGAGGGGGCCAAGAGCAUCUGCCUACUUCGGCCUGGGCCUCUGGACAGUCAGGAACAAUGCAUCACCUUUGAUAGAGUCCUGGGUUCUGAUGCGGCUCAGGAGGCAGAGCAGGAGCUGCUAGCACGAGUCCGGCCCACACUGGGCUCCGUGGGCCGAGGGUACAGUGUGGCCCUGCUGCUUCGGGGUCGGGAAACAGAGGCGCCCCGGCUCGUGCCUCAGCUGCUACAGAUGCUGUUUGAAGAAGCUCGGCCCCUCAAGGGCUCUGACGCUAUGCUUAGCACUCUUAGCCUGGUACAGCUCAGCGCCAGUGGGAGGAGCCGGGACCUGCUGACUCCAGGGGCAGGGAACCUAUCCGUGCUGGAGGUGGCUCCUCUGGGCUUGGUGGUGGAAAAUGCCAGUGAAGUGGAGGUAUCUGACUCAAGAGCUGCUUCAGAGCUGUACUUGCGGGCUGCAUGUGGAGAAGGCAGGAGCUGCUCUCUGCUCACUGUCACCAUGUCCUGCCUGGGGCCUGACCCUCCUGAGGGGCCUGGGACCCAGGGCAUGUGGCAAGGAGCCUUGCGGAUCCUGCAGCUUCCAGGAGAAGUAGACUGUCCCCUGCUGCAGGUACUGGCUGGCAAUGUGGCUGGUGAGGAGGUGGAGGGCUCUCUGACCUGGAUUGUCUCAUGGCUUCUGGAAGGAAACAACUACAGUAGCCUCCUUCUUCGCCUGGAUCCUCAAGGCAGCCCCCUGAGCUUGUUCCAGUCUGCUUUGUUGGGGGCCGCAGGAAGGAGGAGGAAGGUGAAACACGUGAGGCCCAUCCUGUGGGAUGCAGUAGAAGAGGCCCGGGCCCGCCGAGCUGGUCUGAAGAGCCUGCGAUCAGGCCUCCUUGGGGAUGCCCUGACAGACAGUGGGCUCAGCCAACUGGGCAGGGCACUGCGGGAGCUGCAUGUGGUAAAAGCCUGGAGCCAGCGUUGGGGAAGCUGGAUGCUCAAAGCAGUCAAAAUUGAGGCUGUGGGGCUCCCAGAACCACAGCUCCACUUCAUGGACAAGAAAACGGAGGCUCAAAAGACUAGCCACCUGCCUGAGGUGACACAUUCAACAGCAAGCCCCAACCCAGGUCUCCAGAAGGAGCCUCAAGUGGCAGGAAGAACAGCAUCUAUAGGACCUGAUCUCCACCAAAUGCACCCAUUCAGGGACUCUGAGGAACAGGCCCAGCAGACCCCGGAUGUGGCCCUGCACUUCUUCCUGGCUCAGGCCCAGAGGCACAGACUGCGAGGGCAGCACCAAGCGUGGAUCCAAGAGGCGCUGAAGCACAUCGAACAGGACAACGAGGUGGUGGCGGGUGACCAGGUCAAAGGUCUGGUGGCUGAGGAGGACUCCAAGGAGAGGCAGAGAUGGCACCGGGAGCAGACAGUGCUGAGAUGUCAGCUGGAGGCCCUUCAGGCAGAACGGGAUGCCGCGGAGCAGGACCUGACAGCACUCUAUGACCUACACGUGCAGGCUGCCCGGGCUCAGACAUGCCAUGUGCUGCAGGUAUUUCGAGCCUGGCGGGGGCUGUGCGAGGAGCAGGUCAUGACUACAGAGCAUCACUACCGCAGCCUGCUGGCCGGCAUCUUGCAAGACUCCAUCAGCUUGGCCACACAGAACCAGGAGCUCCAAGCCCAGAAUAAGCAACUUCGGCAGACUGGGUUGGCAGCGGUCGUGCUGGAUACCUGCCCUGAGGAGAAAUCUGGUGAUCAGGAAUCUGACAGGGGCACUUUCUUCUCUCCUCAUUUGUAA